AGUGCGUCAGGCCGCGGGUGUGAGCGACAGUCUUCGUCAGCGCUUCGCAGCGAACGGAAUUCAGCCGCAGGAGCAACAACAGUGUUAACGAUGAAGCGAUUUUUGGGUGCGAUCGUUCUGUCGGUGCUGGUGCUCGGUGUCUUGGGUCAGCAUGAUGGCCGUGAUGCGUCCGUCCGGGACCGGGCGAGCCAUGGGUUCGAGUCCGAGAUCCUGGUUGAGUCGUCCCUGAACGUGCGGAAGACGAAUCCGGCGGCCCGACGCCAUGUGCGCAGCGUGCUGGAUAUACUGGUGCCACAGGAAGCGGUGGCGCUGGUGCGCCAGAAACGUCAGUUCGGUUUUGACAGUGGAUUCGGGGCGGCAAGCUCGAACGCUAACGCGAACGCGUUCAACCAGUACCAAGGGCCGCAAGGGUUCGGUGGAAGCGCCGCUAACGCCGGUGCUCAGUCAUUCUACAACCAGGGACCGCAGGGAGGAUUCGGUGCGUCGGCCGCCAACUCCGCUUCUCAGGGCUUCAACGUUGGUCCGGGUGGAUUCUCCGGGUCGGCUGGACAGUCCGGUAGCCAGAGCUACCAUUUGCCCGGAAACAAGGACAUCAACCUGUCGUACAGUGGUGGUUUCUCCGUCGCCAACGGCCAGCCCAGCUCAUCGCAGGGCAGCUCAAUCAGUUUCUCGUAAACCGGACAGUACAACGCCUUCCAUUGCCAUGAAAACUCCGCAACCACGCUCGGGGGCUUUAGAAGCAAAGCCAGUCACAAUAAAGCACCUC